CCCAGCUCCUCCUGCAGCACUUCUUUCCUAUCGUGAAUCCCACACUACACAAGAUGUGCAAAGGACUGGCAGGUCUGCCGGCUUCUUGCUUGAGGAGUGCAAAAGAUAUGAAGCAUCGGCUAGGUUUCCUGCUGCAGAAGUCAGAUUCCUGUGAACAUAACUCUUCACACAGCAAGAAGGACAAAGUGGUGAUUUGUCAGCGGGUGAGCCAUGAGGAAAUAAAAAAAUGGGCUGAAUCACUGGAAAACCUGAUUAGUCAUGAAUGUGGGCUGGCAGCUUUCAAAGCUUUCUUGAAGUCUGAAUACAGUGAGGAGAACAUUGACUUCUGGAUCAGCUGUGAAGAAUACAAGAAAAUCAAAUCACCCUCAAAACUAAGUCCCAAGGCCAAAAAGAUCUAUAAUGAAUUCAUCUCAGUCCAGGCAACCAAAGAGGUAAACCUGGACUCUUGCACCAGGGAGGAGACAAGCCGGAACAUGCUGGAGCCCACAAUAACUUGCUUCGAUGAGGCUCAGAAGAAGAUUUUCAACCUGAUGGAAAAGGAUUCAUACCGCCGCUUCCUCAAAUCUCGAUUCUACCUUGAUUUGGUCAACCUUUCCAGCUGUGGGUCAGAGAAGCCGAAAGGAGCAAAGAGUUCCACAGACUGUGCUUCCCUAGUCCCCCAGUGCGCCUAG